AUGUUGCAUCCCCACAGCUGUUCAACCGCCUCCAUUACCUCCUUUAACAUAACACCAUCUUCUGCAUCUUCAUCAUCACCUUCACGAUCAAAACGUUCCCUCUUCGUUCGCCGUCUGAUUCGGACCCUAGUUUUGUUGUUUGUCUUCCUCAAGGUCGUCUCCUUCAUUGCAUGGCGUGACCUUAACCCAACCCCACCUGUUUUUGAACUCAACUCCUUUAACAUUUCAGACACCAAUUACACCACUGCAUUCACCAUUACAAACCCCAACAAGAAGCUGACCUUGCUUCUCGACAAAUUUGAAGUCGUUAUGUUUCAAGGAAACAGGAAAAAUGUGGCUUCAAGAGAUCAAUGGAUGCCUACAGAUAAAUCUUUGUGCUUAAACAACAAUGCAAUGGUCUUUUUUUCUGUGAAGGGAAGGGUGUUUAAGAAGAUAAGUUUUCUUGGGAAUACUUUUAACGUCCAAGUGAGUUUAAGGACAAAAUUCUUGGCUUGGAAUUGGUUGUCCAAGAGGGAAUUCAUGAUAUGGUUUGUUGCAGAGAUUUGA